AUGGAUACGGAAAGAUCGGGGAUGGUUGAACGCAUCAACCUUACCGGCCACACUAUUGACUGGAGUGCCAUGAAAAGACUGGCCUCUUAUGGGGUGAGCAUCAGAAAACGGAGGAUCAGGGAAACUGUGGAGAUCCUCUUUCUAAGAAACCUAGUGAACAUGAGAUUAGAGGAGAGAAUAGUCAGCGAUAAUUUCCCGUACUGCCUGGCCAGAUUAGAGAUUCAGCGAAAACAUCAAAAAGAAGAUGCUUGGACCCAGAACAACUGUUCAAUAGCAGUAAGGGACUUCACCAGGGAGCGGCUCAUGACGGACAAAGGAUUAGAUGGGACUGUCAACAUGAAGGACGAGGAGCGUGCUUUUUGCGAAUCAGGGGAAAAAAGGGAAGUGCCAGCGGCUAUGACUUGGGACGGACACAGAGCCUUAAAGAACGGGUCACAAUGUGGAGACUCCGCAUCAGUGGUCAUCAGUCUAAACCCUUCAACCUACGACCGUCUCGUUCUCUCUGCACCAAUGGGCCAACGUCUCCUGAUAAUCUGUGUUACAAGCUCAAAUUCUGGCAAGCGGUUGUCAGAGAGCGAUACUGGUAUCAUUCAGGCUAGCCUUUGCCUCGACUUCUACUCCGGAUGGCUUGCCGCCCUGUUACGAAUGGCUACAGGCUUGUCCGUGGGCGCGACAACUUCGCACUCUCCUCUGAAGUCGAGCAGUACGAGUUGCGGCCGAGAUGAUGUUGAUCAUGCGACCUUCGGAAAUUUCCUUCGCCCCAGCAAUUGUAUGGGAACUGUGAUUGCACUCAAUAGCUAUCGACGUUACUUUAGUCUCUAUCAUCCUCUCCUUCCUGGUUCAAAGUCCACUGGGCAUGGAAAGUUUGUAAGCUCUUUUCCUCAAUUUAAUCUUGCCUUAGUCAUUUAUUAA